UGAUCGUCGUUACAUCAAAACGAUUGUAUUUCCACUCACAAUGGAGCCAACUUCUGUUGACAGUAAUAUGGAAAGUGCUAUGAUUUCACCUUACUCUGCAAAACGGCCAAGGAAAGAUCCUAAAGUAACAACAGGAAAGAGUGUUGUGGUUCUAAGAACCAGUGAUGUUCGAGUUAGGAGUGAUUUUGUGUUUAUGCCAAACACUAUCGAAAUGGCUCAGCUCAAGAAGCAAAGUAGAGGACAAUUUAAAACAAAUGUACAGAUUUCUUCACAGAUGACAAAAACUGAUGUAGAACACACAUUGAUAGACAACUUUCCAAUUUUGAGGGACAAAAGGUUUUUCUGUGCUUCGGUAGUUGACAAUCGGACAAGAUUAGAAUUUCAUGGUGAACGGCGCAUUUGGGAUGGACACCAAAUCAAGAAAGUCAUAAAAGGAAACUCAGCUCUCUAUAUCUUUGUAGAAGAGGAAGGGGAUUUUGGAGAAUCAGAGGUGGUGGAAGAUUCAGGAUAUGAAUCUACCAUUAGUGCCAUUAGAGAGCAGUUAGGAAUAAAACGUUCAUUUGACCAGAUUGCAAGAGAGAUGACAAGCAGUGAGAGCCCAGUGCAAACAUCACUAUCAUCAAUAAAUGAACCUGCUCAACAGCUUCCUGGUGUAAUUUCUACACCUGAUGGUCCAUCCGAAAACAUUACAUAUCAUUCAAAUUUGGUAUCAGGGCAGGCUGAAAAAAGUGCUGAGAAAAGUGAGGUUGAGUUAUCAAAUGAAAGACCACUCAUGAAUAUACAGCAAGAAAUUGUGGCGCCAAGUAAUACAAUAUUAUUGCUGCAUAAUCCAUUACAACAGCCUCUUCAAAUGGGAGGAAUUCCAUUUUUUGUGUUUCCUACUGCUGGAGGGAUUCCUGUUGCUCCAGCACCAACAGCUGGAAAUAAUGCCCUAAACACAGUACCUGCUCAACAAAGCUUGGAGAUGCCAAUUUUGCCUACCUCUAACAAUCCAGGGUUGCAAACAGCACCACAAGCUUCAGGACUUACCCCUCAGUUACAGAGCUUACGUAUUUCAAGUGCAUCUUCUCAGCAACCACAGAACAUAGUUACUUCAGAGGCAUCAGUUUUAGGAAGUUCUGAGGCCCUAACAACUGUGGACACCACUGAAAUAUCGCAGCAGUUGUCUUUGACAGGGGCAGAAGGUGACAGAACUGAUUUAGAAGGGGGUCAGCAGGAAACAGAAAACCUCAAAUCUCCUGAUCAGGAAGAGCCUAAUGUUGAGAAAACGGACUCUUCGCAAGUUCCAGAGAAAGAGUCAGCAGAAGCAAUUGCUGUGGCUGGAGACCAAGAAAGUAGUGGACUUGCCACUCUUCAAAUUUCUGAUAUUGAGCCACUGUUAUCGGAAGAUUCAGGAUUUGGAACAUUUGAAAAGUCUGAAGAAAACAUUCUUCAGGACAUACAUAUAGCUCCAGCUGGUGCAGCCACGAGAGGGGACACUUAUGCUAAAAAUGUGAUGUUGUUGAAGAAUGAGGACUUAGCACAAAGGGAUGGUAAUAUACUUAUGCCAACCACUAUUGAGAUGGCAAGAAUGAGAAAGACUGGACAGUAUAAAAAACAGGUCCAAUUCUCCAAAAGCAUGUCAGAAGAUGCAGUGAGGAAAAAAAUUCAAGAAACAUUUCCUGCCUUUGACUUAAGUGUAAGGUUUUCUUGCGCAUCAAUCAGUAACACGGAUAGUACUCUUCAAUUUCAUGGGGAUCCUCGUGUAUGGGAUGGAAAAACAAUAAGAAGAAUCCUAAAGGGAAAUUCAGCCCUUUACAUUGUUAUGGAGGAGAUUCAGGUACAUCGAAGGACAGUAAUAAACGGACUCGAUAUGCUUAUGAAGGUCGCCUUAGCUGUAAAGCCACUGUCGUUAGAGGAUUCAUCUGGAAAGUCCGAAGAUAUUUUGGAAAUCUUUCCUAAUAGAGGGCCCAUUGAGGGUGGAUCGCCAUUUAUCCUAGUUUUUGCGCAGGGUCUUCCACCGGAAGUAAAUUCUGCCAGGGCAGAUUUUGGAAAGAAGACUGUUGCUAACUUGAAAAGAACUAAUGCUUUUAAUUUGAGCGGUAAAAUUCCGGCAUCUGAUAAGCCUGGCAAAGUAACUGUUACAGUGUAUUCUUCGACUGGAGGAAUUCUUGGAAAGACUGAUUUCGACUAUUACGAUCAAGAUAAGGAAACACUGUUACGACUGGUUAAAGAUCCAAAAUUGCAAAGUGAGUUUUUCUGCCAUUGGGCUGAUUUUAUGGUUAGUAAAAAGAAGAGAGGUGAAGGAAAAGAUUUACCGCAACCUUUGGCAGGUACGUUCUUGCAACUAUUUUGAACACUUUGAGAUCGCGAGUACACUCUUGAGCUCUAAGGUUUUUUUUCUUUUCCUAAACAUGACGAGUGUAAAAAGCAGUCUGACCUCCUCGUAACGGCCAUCUAAGGGGC